ACAGUAGGAGCCAUCUAUCUGUCUGUGUACAAGUGAAAACACGUCAUAAUUUUCAUUACACUCGUGCGCUACUCUUUGAUAUGGAUUUAUUUGAAUUUCAUUCAUACAACAUAUAUUUCCUUCCUAUUUAAGUGACACAGCAGUUCCCUUGUGUUGACGUUAUUUUACAAACGUGCAAAGAUGCUUCGACCGGUUUUCUCCCGACCAGGGGAUAACAUGUGGCAAGAAGAUAAACCUGAUAUUGAUGCCCACUCGUCUACGCAAUUUGUUUAUAAUGCGCACCACUCACUUGCGCUUGAUAUGCAACGCCAACGGCUUCCUAUAUUUAGAAACAAAGACCACAUAAUUUACUUAUUGGAGAAAUAUCAAACCCUGGUUCUGGUGGGUGAAACAGGCUGUGGUAAAAGCACACAAGUGCCUCAGUACCUUCUCGAAGCAGGAUGGUGUGCGGACGGGAAGAAGAUCGGUAUCACAGAACCUAGAAGGGUCGCCGCCACUUCCCUGGCGAAUCGUGUGGCCGACGAGCGCAAUUGCAUCCUGGGGACCACCGUGGGUUACUGCAUACGCUUUGACGAUUACACCGAUGAAACGACCAAGAUUAAGUACAUGACGGAAGGCAUUCUUCUGCGAGAAUUAAUGAACGACCCGUUAUUAACGAGCUACGCGGUCAUUAUCUUGGAUGAAGUGCACGAGAGAACGCUCCUGACCGACAUCAUAAUGGGGCUGCUGAAGAAAAUAAUCAGGAAACGAAAAAGCCUACGGAUCAUCGUUUCGUCGGCGACUGUUGACGCGGAGGAGCUCCGCGAUUUCUUCAAUGUGAACGCGACCAAGGAUCCCGCCAAGGAUAGCGCCGUCAUCAUAAGCGUCGAGGGACGCCUGUAUCCGGUGGAGGUAUUUUUCUUAAAAGAGCCAGUUGCAAAUUACGUUAAUGGUGUGGUGGACACCGUUCUAAAAAUACACGAGACGGAAGAACCAGGCGAUAUUCUAACGUUUCUCACGGGACUCGAUGAAGUCGAUCAAGCCGUCUCUCUUUUAUUGGAACACGCGAAGCUCAUCAAGGACGGGAAACAAAAACUGCACCCGUUGCCGAUGUACGGAUCGUUGCCGAACGCGGAGCAGCUGAAAGUAUUCUGGAAGGCGGCUAAAGACACUCGGAAAGUUAUCGUGGCAACCAAUAUCGCGGAAACGUCUAUCACCAUUCCAAAUAUAGUUUACGUAAUCGACUGCGGCUUCGUCAAAAUACCUUGGUUCGAGGCGGAAACCCAGACGAAUAGCCUCGUUAUCGUUCCAGUAUCAAGAGCUUCCGCCGACCAGCGAGCUGGCCGCGCUGGCCGCGUUCGUACAGGAAAAGCAUAUAGAUUGUACACAGAGGAGGCUUACGUUGGAUUAUUCGAGGCGACGCCACCGGAAAUGCAACGCUCGGACCUGGCGCCAGCGAUAUUGCAAUUGAAAGCGCUGGGCAUCGAUAACGUGUUACGAUUCAAUUUUCCGUCUGCGCCGCCCAGCAAGAAUCUAGUCAUGGCUUUGGAAUUGUUGUACGCUCUAGGUGCGAUUGAUGGUAACGGAGAUUUGACGACGCCGCUGGGUCUCACGAUGGCGGAGAUGCCUUUGGAGCCAGUACUCGCGAAAUCCUUAAUUGUCUCUGGUGAAAUGGGAUGUUCGGAGGAGAUCGCAACGAUAUUCGCCAUGCUGCAAGUUCAGAACGUCUUCGUGCAACCGGGUGGAGGACAAGCUAUUUUGAAGGCGAGAAUAGCGCAUCGCAAAUUCGAAGUGGAGGAGGGCGAUCUCCUGACAUUGCUGAACGUCUACACGGCUUUCCAGCAGAACAAAACGUCCGCCUGGUGCCAGAAGCACUUUCUCAAUUACAAAGCUCUGUGCAGAACGACGGAGAUUCGCAUUCAGAUGCAGAAAAUGUUGAAACGCUUAGACAUUCCGUUGACAUCCUGCGAUGGGAAUGUCCAGCAAAUUCUCAAAUGCCUGACAGCUGGUCUCUUCCCUAAAGCGGCGUAUUUGCACUAUACAGGUGUGUACAGAACGGUUCGAGGUAACAAGGACUUGUUCAUUCAUCCGAACAGCUGUCUGUAUACCUUACAGCAGCCACAAUGGCUACUAUUUUGCGAGAUUUUGCAAACUAAUAAAACAUAUAUGAAGGACCUGACGGUUAUUCAGCCGGAAAUACUGUUGGAAUCAGCACCACACUUUUACGAGAGAGCGUCUAUCGAAUCUGUUUAAAGUAUUACAUGUGAAUAUAUGUGAAUCGUAUGCAUUUAAUACACAUAGUUAUUGUCUAUUUUUGUACUUAGUAUAGGAAUAAUAAUUUUUAUAUUAAAAACUACAUCAGUAUUUUUAAGUCGCAUACUGUGUAAAUCUUAUGAAAUUGUAAAUAUGAUUUUCAUUUCCAUGUGUGAGAAAA